AUGAAUUCAACCUCUUCCUCUUCAUCCUCAUCUAAAAAAAGAAUAUCUUUAAGUGCUUCACAAAAAAAAGAAUUAUGUAAACGUGCUAGAAACAAUCCCAGUUUAACUCAAGAUGAUUUAGCUAAAGACUUUAAAAUUGGUCAAAGCACAGUUUCAAUAAUUUUAUCAGAAUCAAAUAAAUGGCUCUCUAUUGAUGAAACUCUCACAACUUCCCAAUUUAAAAAAAAUAGACAAGCAAAUUGGCCACAAUUAGAAGAAGCUCUAGCACUUUG